CGCAGUGAGAGACAAGACGGCUUCGUCGGUGUCGGGGGGGCGCGCGGGGAGCAGAGUCUCCUUCGCAGGCCAACCAGGACACGGUGGAUAACGCCAAUCCCACCUGCUGGUGGGCGGCGUGGUCGGCGAUGGGUUGCUUCGGCUCUCCGGGCGGCAAGAGCGGCGGCGAUGGCGACGACCUCAAAACGCAAAAACGCCGCAGCGAUGCCAUCACGCGGCAGCUGCAAAAGGACAAACAGUUGUACCGAGCAACGCACCGCCUACUACUCCUGGGGGCAGGCGAGUCGGGCAAGUCGACGAUUGUGAAGCAAAUGCGCAUAUUGCACGUCAACGGUUUCUCCGACAAGGAGCGCCGCGAGAAGAUCGAAGACAUUAAGAAGAAUAUAAGAGACGCCAUACUUACAAUCACGGGUGCAAUGAGCACUCUCACGCCGCCCAUACCGCUGGAGAAACCCGAAAACAAGGCGCGCGUCGAUUAUAUUCAGGAUGUAGCGUCUCAGCCGGAUUUCGACUACCCGCCUGAGUUCUACGAGCACACGGAGGAACUGUGGAAGGAUCUGGGCGUGCAGCGCACCUACGAGCGAAGCAACGAGUACCAGCUCAUUGACUGUGCCAAGUAUUUCCUGGACAAGGUGAACGUGAUAAAGCUGCCCAACUAUACGCCUACGGAACAAGACAUUCUGCGCUGCCGAGUGCUCACCUCCGGCAUCUUCGAGACGCAGUUCGUCGUUGAUAAAGUCAAUUUCCACAUGUUCGACGUAGGCGGUCAGCGUGACGAGCGGCGCAAAUGGAUCCAGUGCUUCAACGACGUGACGGCCAUCAUCUUUGUGACCGCCUGUUCUUCCUACAACAUGGUCCUUCGCGAGGAUCCCACGCAGAACCGCCUCCGGGAGUCGCUUGACCUCUUUAAGAGUAUAUGGAAUAACAGAUGGCUCCGCACGAUAUCAGUGAUCCUUUUCCUGAACAAGCAAGACCUGCUGGCCGAGAAGGUGUUAGCAGGAAAAUCACGGCUGGAGGAGUAUUUCGCGGAGUACGCGCGCUACACCACGCCGCCUGAUGCCCCGCCUGACACGAGGGACCAUCCCGAGGUCGCGCGCGCCAAGUACUUUAUACGCGAUGAGUUCCUGCGCAUAAGCACAGCGAGCGGAGACGGCAAGCACUAUUGCUACCCGCACUUCACCUGUGCGGUCGACACGGAGAACAUCAAGCGCGUCUUCAACGACUGCCGCGACAUCAUACAGCGCAUGCAUCUCCGACAGUACGAGCUGCUCUAACCGCGAACCACGCGCCAAUACCGACACGUCACAUGUGGCCCCACCCGGGCGCUCUGACACGAAGACGUCGGCACAAAAAGUCAGCAAUACAAUUCGUAGUAGUGUUCUCUCCCGGACGAAUCGCUCCAGCCCGCACUCUCGUUUCUAUACAGAAAUGCAGAGGUACCACUUUAUUUUCUAACUAUAAUAUUAUUGAAUGGACACUUCGCCAUACACUUAUUCAAAACCAUUUGUUUGCCAUAAAAAAGAAGAAUGUAAUAUAACAACUGUGGUAGUUUUUACAUAGAGUAGCGUAUUUGCCUUAUAAUAAGAACCAGUGUAGCGGAAUUAAACUCCAUUUGAAUUACACGCGCUGAUAUGACUGCAACAUGCAAUAAAAGAUUUCUUUUUUCUUUACACACAAAUUAAUUUUAAUCGUAUAAUAUAAAUGAGUGGUCAUAAAGAUAUAUUCAUUUACAAUUAAAAUAUUAUAUCACAUCUGCCCCUAGCCGUCUAACUUGAAAGCAUGUUUGUAGUUGAAAUGUUAUAUACAUUUUCUAAACCCAGUCCUGAACUUCAGAAAUAUAUAACAGGAGUUUCGAAAUCUGAUUCUAAACUUCAGACGGAAUUUCGGGUUAGACGGUUGAAAAAUCUCUUUAUUUUUACUAAUCACUGACGAUCUAAACUACGAAUUUAACAAAUCUUUGCAAAAGCACUUAUGUUUUUGCGUUUCGUUAAUCAGGAACUCGUACAAGUCUCUAAUUUGAUACCAGGUAUUGGCUGCUAAAGUUAGUUCAAAACAAAGCACAAACAAGCCAAAUACGCUACAUCUCUUAAACUUGGUCACACAGAAAUGCCAAUGAUAAAAAAAUGUUAUUAGUUAGUUUUUCAGUCAGGAAAAAUAAAUGCGAACAGAUUCUGUUUUUUAUGACGCUUAAAAUAUUAAAAAGAAACCAAUAUUUUACUUAAGGGAUAUGAGUAAACCGCUCGCGCACAGUGACACACAAUAACAGUCACAAUACGUGACGUAUUCAUUGAUGUAGCGUGUUUGAUGUUCUGGGUAAUCCCCAAACAUUUUGAUUCUAAACGAACUCUUUGUGUGUACAGUGGAAGUGCGCCGCUUUGUGUGAGCCUUACUUAUACUUUACUUGUCUGGACGCUUCAGUACCGAUUGACACGUGUAUGAAUGUCCCAUACAAACACGUUUUUAGUAUGGGUGUGGUGUGUAGCUUAUUCCUAAAUAUAUAUGUAAUAUAAAGUGGUACUUCGAUUCACUAAUUUGUAUCCUUCA